AUGGGGGACUGCCACGGCACUUCCUGCCAGGUGCUUGGCAGCGACCACGGAAGUGCGUGGGGGAGCACGGACUUUGGCUGCUGGGGCAGCUACGCCAUCUACGUGUCUGCUGCUCUGUCCACUUUCCCCUGCCAGGGCUCGACGCUGUCGGCGCAGGUGUCGGGGGCGGCAGCGGGCGGAGCGGGGGGCGCGGCUGCCGUUGGCGAUCCCCACCUGCGGAACGUUCACGGUGAGCGCUUCGACUUGAUGAAGCCGGGCAAGCAUGUUCUGAUCAACAUCCCCCGUGGAGCGGGCGCUGAACGUGCCUUGCUUCGCGUGCAGGCCGACGCGCGCCAGUUGGGCGGACAGUGCGCGGAUAUGUACUUUCAGGAGCUGAACGUGACGGGGUCGUGGGCGGAGGCGAAACAAGCUGGAGGUUAUCAUUUCAGCGUGUCGCAAGGUGGCGACGUCGCGACUCCAGAAUGGGUUGCUUUCGGUAAGGUCGUGCUCAAAGUCGUUCAUGGGCGCACGGACAGUGGUCUGUCGUACUUGAACGUGUACGUGAAGCAUUUAGGGCGAGCAGGAUUUGCCGUGGGAGGUCUGCUGGGUGAAGACGACCACACGGGCAUAGUCACCCCUCCAGAGGCAUGUGCCAACCGCUUGGCCCUGGUUGACAGUACGGAGGGGGGCCAAGCAGCUCCCUCAGUGCUCUCAGUCGCAGAGGCAAGCCUCGCUUGA